AUGGCUUCGCUACCCAUCAAGCUCGCCGUCCUCGAUGACUACCAUAACAUAGCAGCUUCGCACUUCACCCACAUCGAUCCCUCCAAAAUCGACGUCACCGUCUUCAAUGACACCUUACCCUCCUACUCGCACCCCGGAACUUCCGAUGCCGACCGCAAAGCUCUCGUCAACCGCCUCAAGCCCUUCUCCGUCUUGUCAACCAUGCGCGAACGCACUCCCUUCCCAGGCGAACUACUCCGUCAAUUACCAAACCUCAAGGUCAUAUUCGCUACGGGUGGCAAGUUUGAAAGCUGGGAUCUGGAUACGGUGAAAGACAUGGGAAUCACGGUAUGCGCAGCGCCCGGCAAGGGCAGAACAGAUGGCAGAGGCAGUGGCACGUCUCCGAGAUCUUUGCCCAUCAAGCAGGGCGGCGGCCACCCGACAACGCAGCAUGUUUGGGCGCUCAUAUUGGGCCUUGCGCGGAAUAUCGCUGCAGAUGACGCCGUGGUCAAGGGGAAAGGUGGGCCAGCGGGGUGGCAGACUGAACUCGCCAUGGGCCUGCAGGGAAAGAUGCUAGGUUUGGUUGGUCUAGGCAGAAUUGGCGCGCAUGUUGCGAGAGUGGGUGUCCUUGCUUUUGGCAUGAAAAUCGUGUGUUGGAGCGCGAACUUGACGCAGGAGAAGGCUGAUGAGUUGACGGGCGAAUGCGGGUUACCGGUGACGGGUGGAGGUAUCGCCAGCGAAGAUGAGAAGACGUUCAGGGUGGUCACCAAAGAGCAGCUUUUCAGGUCCGCCGACGUGGUGAGCGUGCACUAUGUUCUUAGCGAGCGCUCGAGGGGUAUUGUUGGCGCACGGGAGCUGGAAUGGAUGAAACCGACUGGACUUCUGAUCAAUACGUCUCGUGGACCACUUGUGGAUGAGGCCGCGUUGCUGGAAACGCUCCGGCAAGGACGCAUACGUGGCGCUGCGCUCGAUGUGUUUGAUAUCGAACCUCUUCCUGCUGAUAGCCUGUGGCGGAGCGAGGACUGGGAUGUCAAGGGCAAGAGCAGGGUGUUGCUGACGCCGCACAUGGGAUAUGUCGAAGAAGGUACCUUGACGACGUGGUAUGAAGAGACGGCAGAGAACUUGGAGAGAUUGAUCGAGGGCAAAGAACUAUUGCAUCGGAUUAUCUAA